CACGUAUUUCGCAUUCACUCCUUUGACAGCACGGGGAUCUGCAAUCUAUUCUCUACUCACUGCACAACUCUGAGAGUCGCAUGAGUACGCCAUCAUGGCGACAGACGCAGUCAGCACCGCCGGCGGUUCGCCCGUUAAGUUCUUGGGCAUGGCCGGCCGCCCUCUCGGUCUCGCCAUUUCUACAAUCGCGACCACUGGUUUCCUGCUCUUCGGAUACGAUCAGGGUGUCAUGAGUGGUAUCAUCUCCGCCCCGCAAUUCAACACCUUCUUUCCCGAAACACAUGAAGACUCUGUCUACCAAGGAUUCGUCACUGCCAUCUACGAGAUUGGAUGUCUGGCUGGCGCCCUCUUCAUCCUUUGGGUCGGUGAUAGUCUCGGUCGCCGAAGAUCGAUGAUGCUUGGUGGACUUAUUAUGAUUCUCGGUGUUAUCAUCCAGGUUACUUGCAUGAAGGGACACAAAGCUACUGUACAAUUCAUUAUCGGCCGUACCAUCACUGGCAUCGGAAACGGAAUUAACACAUCUACCAUCCCAACAUACCAAGCCGAGUGUAGCCGAACCACUAACAGAGGUCUCCUGAUUUGUAUCGAGGGCGGUGUCAUCGCCUUCGGAACUCUGAUAGCCUACUGGAUUGACUACGGAUCUGCCAAGAGCUCUAUGGAUGACUUCACCUGGCGUUUCCCCAUUGCCUUCCAGAUCGUCUUCGGACUCGUUCUCGGCAUUGGCGCAUUCUUCCUGCCAGAGUCCCCACGUUGGCUCAUUUCACGUGACCGUCACGAGGAGGGUCUGUCUGUCAUUGCGGCACUCUACGAUCUUCCAGAGGACCACCCCCAAACCCAGCUCCAAAAGACUAUCAUUAUGGAGAGUAUCGCUGCUUCCGGCCACAAGGGUGGCAAGACCCCUUACUCUGCCCUCUUCACCAACGGAAAGACUCAGCAUUUCAGACGCAUGCUCCUCGGCUCAUCUUCCCAGCUUAUGCAGCAAGUUGGUGGAUGCAAUGCUGUCAUCUACUACUUCCCGAUUCUAUUCCAAACUUCUCUUCAUUCUACCCACGACGAGGCUAUGUUGUUGGGUGGUGUUAACAUGAUCGUUUACUCUAUCUUCGCCACCGUCAGUUGGUUCAUCAUCGAGCGCGCCGGUCGCAGAAACCUCUUCAUGAUCGGUAGUAUUGGACAGUGUCUCAGCAUGAUCCUCGUCUUUGCCUGCUUGAUCCCCAAGACGCCAGCCGCUGCUAAGGGUGCCGCCGUGGGUCUCUUCACCUACAUCGCAUUUUUCGGUGCUACCUGGCUUCCUCUGCCAUGGUUGUACCCCGCCGAGAUCAACCCCAUCCGUACUCGUGCCCGUGCCAACGCCAUCUCGACCUCUGUCAACUGGUCCAGCAACUUCCUCAUUGUUAUGGUUACGCCUAUCAUGAUUACCAACAUCGGUUUUGGCACAUACGUCUUCUUCGCCGCCAUGAAUGCCUGCUUCAUCCCCAUCAUCUACUUCCUGUACCCAGAGACCAAGAAGCGUUCUCUCGAGGAGAUCGAUCUCAUCUUCGCCAAGGGCUUCGUCGAGAACAUGAGCUACGUCCGCGCCAGCAAGGAGCUGCCUUACCUUACCGACGCCGAGGUGGAGAAUGUCGCUCGCAGCUACGGCUUUGGUGAUGAGGAGCUCGGCGGUGCUACCGGGAUUGAGAAGACUGGUAACGAGAGCAGCAGCGGUAGCGAUAUGAGACACCGUGGUGCCGAUGCUGAGAAGACUGCCGAGGCUGCUGGUGAGGAAAAGGCCUCUGCUACCCAGUAAGAGUUGUCAAAAAAUUAACGGACGCCUAUGAAAGAACAUUGAUACCUUUUAGUUCAAGAUUAUAGAAAGAUAGACCAUACACAUAGAUUAAAUAAUGGCUUCUUAACAGUUUGUUUUCCAUGUCACAAUGUGAUGCAUCAAAUAUAUCUUAG